AUUCAGAUUCAACCCGUGUUGGCAAAGUUUGAGUAUUACACUAUUACCUAGUUCCUCCCAUCUCUAUCACACCAUAUAUAACUUGCUCUUCAAUUUCCUCCAACCAUAAUCUAUCAACUCCUCUCCAUUCCGGUCAUCUAAAACCAUAAAACAAAACCCACAAACUUAUCAAUUCCAACAAAUUAAUCAAAGGCAAAGCAAAAGGAUAAGAUGGUGAAGAUUUGCGCAGCAAACGAGAGUGAAGAGGAGCAAAAACAAGGCACUUCUGAACAACAAUUUGGACCCCCUCCAGAAGCCAUGUUCUUGGUCUUGGCUUAUCUUCCUUUAUAUGAACUUCUAUGCAUGAGCCAAGUUUGCAGGUCUCUGAGAGACGCUGUCAAAGGAGACAUUCUUCCCUGGCUGAAUAUCGCCGUGGAGGCGCCGUUGCACUCGCGGCUUUCCGAUGAUAUUCUGAUGAAGAUCACGGCCGUGGCGGAUGGCCGCCUUGCAACUCUUGCACUGUUAAAUUGCUUUAAGGUUACAGAUGAUGGGCUCCUACGAGUCAUACAGAAAAAUCCUCGUAUUAGCAAGCUAUACAUACCAGGGUGCACGGGGAUAACACCUGAGGGAGUCAUCAAGGCAGUGCAGCUCCUCACAAACACUAACCACCACAGAUUAAAAACCCUAAAGAUCAGUGGCAUCUACAAUAUCACCAAAGAACACCUCCAAACCCUCUGCAAUCUCCUAGGAAAACCCCAAAACCAUCACCACCACCAAAACCCCAAGAACUUCUACCACAAUCGCAAACACAUUUCAGCAAUCAGACUCGAAGAAGAUGAUCCCUUCAUCGACAUAGAUGAAUGCCCAAAGUGCGGGGAAAUUCGGGCAGUUUUCGACUGCCCCAGAGAGUCUUGCAUUUGCAGGGGAUGCAUCAUCUGCAUUCGAAGGUGUGAGGAAUGUGGGGUGUGUAUGGUGGGUGAAGAAGAUGAGCAAUGUGAGGCGGCUUGUGCGGAUGAUUUGUGUUUGGGGUGUUGGCUUAGGCUUCCCAAAUGUAGUUUUUGUAACAGGCCUUAUUGUCAUCAACAUUCAAAUCAGCAGUGUAGACUUCCAGGGUAUGAGGGGUUUCUCUGCGUGAUUUGUAAUGAUAACUUUGUGCAAAACUCAUCUCGUUUGUUGAGCAUAAUAUAUAUCAAAUAAAUAAUUGUUUAGUAUCACUUUUCA